CGAUUUAGGCUGGCGUGUAAGAAUGGCGACGUUUUAGGAUUCGUGUGUUAUGGUUACUUGUUUUUCUGAUAUAAAAUAGAGACUUUAGUGUUUUAAAGGGGGCACCAUGUUCCACAACAGCUCACAGAAGAAAUUCUGGACUUUUAAAAACGAGGACGAGCUUGAGAAAAUGAGAUGCAUGGCCAAUGAAAAAUUCCGUAGGAAGGCACUAGAGAGUGGAAAGCAUGCUGUCAGUGAGGCUCUGUUCUUGGAGCGCUAUGAAGAGGACGCGGUGUUUCGGCACUAUGAGAGGAGGCUGCUGGACUUCUGCAUUGCUUUUAAGCCUGUGAUGCCCAAAUCUGUGGUGGGUACAGCUCUGAUGUACUUCAGGAGAUUCUACCUGAACAACUCAGUCAUGGAUUAUCACCCCAGGAUUAUCAUGCUAACAUGUGCAUACCUGUCCUGUAAAGUGGAUGAAUUCAACGUGUCCAGUACCCAGUUUGUUGCAAAUCUCCUGCAGGAGACUCCAGCAGGACAGGAGAGAGUCGCAGAGCAAAUCCUAGAGUACGAACUACUACUUAUCCAGCAGCUGAAUUUUCACUUGGUGGUCCACAACCCCUACAGACCCAUGGAAGGUCUUCUUAUUGACCUUAAGACUCGAUACCCAACACUGGAGAACCCGGAGUCACUGAGGAAAAGUGCUGACGACUUCCUUUCCCAAGCAGCCUUGACGGAUGCAGGACUUCUGUUUUCUCCAUCCCAGAUUGCUCUGACAUCUAUUCUGAACAGUGCUUCUAGAGCUGGUCUCAACAUGGAGAGCUAUCUAACUGAGUGUUUGGGUCUGAAAGAGGACAAAGAGACACUUUCUAAGCUGUAUGAAUCCAUGAGACGGAUGAAAACCCUGCUGAAGAAGUAUGAACUUCCCAAGCAGGAGGAGCUGAGUUUUUACAAACAGAAGCUGGAAAGAAUUCAUGCUGAAUUUGCUACUUCAAGCAACAAACGGAAGCGAGGAUACGAAGAAGAUGGCCAUGUAGCAAAAGAACCUCGUUUAACCGAAGAGGACUGGACUGAUGAAGAUCUCAUGUGAGCUUCAACCUGUUUUAGAA